AUGGAAUCUUUCGGCAAAUCUCAUGAGUGCCACCACCGCAACGUCUUAUUGCUGGUGUUUUCCCCUUCAAAAUCGGGUCUUAUCCCUAUCAAGCAAGAGAACUGUCUCACGUACAGGAGCCGAUAUCUGGAGCAAUUACAACUCCGAUACUCAAAUCCUAACUAUCACAUCUACUACGUGACAUUUCUCGUCUCUCAACAUGUCGAACCUGACUCUUCGUCGAAACCGGUCACUAGCAUCGUACGCCGCGGCCGUGAGUCGCGAUGCUGGUAUCAUCCUUCGCCAAUGACGAAGCGGAGCUCACAACGCUCGACUCUACAGAAGCAUCUGUCGAGUUCUGUUGAACAAGGGAUUGGUUCCACGACUAAUGUCGGUUUCUCAGAAACUACCUCUGUUGCUGCCCCGGAAUUCCAUUCUUGGCCUUUCAUGAUCGACUCCAAUGGACCAGCUUCGUCGGCUUCAACCCUGGAGGCUCUAGAUGACAAGACUCGAGAUGAGUACCUAACAGCUUUGAGAGAUAUAAUUUCAGCCCUCAGGUUUCUUCCGGCGAUUGAAAAGCAUAUUCGGGCAUACUUCUCGUUCAGUCAAGGAGCGCUUGUGCAAAGGCCGAUCAUCUUGGAACUUGCAAAACUGGUGCGACGCAGCCUCGAGGAAUCGGGACGUAUUACAGAAGAGACAGAAGAUUCCAUUCAUUUCCAGAUGAACGACCGUUUUGCUUGUGAUAUGCUGCGCUGCUCCUCGUCCGAGGUCGUCAUUUCACCGUCUUUGGACCUUGAACAAUUUUGUGCGCUAUUCUGGGGAGAGAAUGUGCAUGUGGAGACAUUGGGACUCUUGUUCGCAGUGGCUGCACGCUCUCAUCUACACCGAUACUCGGAUGAAGAAAGAGACGAUUACUUCAUUCGUGAAAUGAGUCGCUGCAGCAAAUUGAGCUUACGACUAGCUCGCGAUCUUGCACCGCAAGCCACUGAUCUCAUGAUUUGGCUUGCACACGAGGACCUGCAACUCACAACGACGAUUGAAGGUGAUGCUAGUCUCAGUGUAUGGAGACGUAUGAGCGAUCUUGCAACAGAUCUCUUUGCGUUAGGUCUCAAUCGUGAAUCGACAUACUCGCCUGAUUUCAUACCCUUUUUCCUUGCUGAAGCGCGACGAAGAAUGUUUUCGAAGGUAUAUUAUCUCGAUAAAUUAUUUGCAAUGGUGUUUCAUCGACCACCUCGGAUCGCAGCUCGACAUGCAGAUUGCAAGCCUCCUUUGGACUUAUCUGACGACGAGCUAUUCCCAGACUCUCCGGGAAUUCUAGACCGGACCAGGAAGAGCCUCACGCAUGAUGGCUGGAACACGGAUGGGAGAUACAGACCAACUACCUGGGCUCGGGUUCGAUAUAUCCUGGGGCAGUUCCGGGAGGAAAUUGUGGAAUAUCAAAUCCAACCUCGGCGGUCUACGGAUCACACAAAAAUCAGAGAUCUGGCGAUUCGAUGCAAUGAAGCUUGGAACGCACUCCCGCGCACACACGAUACAACAAAGAGAAUUGGGCGUCAAAUCUUCCAGUGGAGAAUACUCUGCGAUUGUACUUCGACCACGUCAUCCGAACUCCUGAUCGUAUCGGGAGACAUGCUCGAGACAAUCAUUCAAGUAGCAAAUCCGCGCGGGAGAGCCUCAUAUUUCCCUCGUGAUCUACCUUCAAUUCUUCUAAUAUAUGGUCUUCCCUCCGCUUCAAUGCUGGUUAGCGCAUUGGAAACAACAAAAUUGCACUUAAACAACAUCCUACCACCUAGCAUGAAAUCAUCUACCCUAUUGAGAAAUCUCUCCGUGCUGGUGUCGCAUUUGGAGAACGUCUGCCGCCAUGGCGACACCAAUCACACAUUCUGCAUACAAGCCUCGAAGGCCAUUUCAAGGAAGCUUGAUAUCAUCCUAAGUGAGCCUCAAAAGCCGGCGUCUUCAAUCCCUUUCAAUGCCUCGCAAGGCUUCAACACGCCAUCACAAUCUUUGGUGACUCCAGGAAUGCCGAGUGAAAUAUCACCCGGCGCAGGCGAGCUUGGUUUACUUGACAUGAAGGAUCUUGACAGCUUUGACCUGGCAAAUUGGGUUAUAGAUGUUGAUCUAGAUACAUUUGGCAGCUCUUGGGACAUUACAUGA